UCUGUUGGUGUGUACAGCGGCAUAUAUUAUUUCGUUUAGUUUAUUUUUUGUGCUCAAUUUUAUUGUUUUCUAUUUUUUUGUGAGCGUUACAAUUGCUUUUCAUACUUUGUAUUCCUGUUUAAUGCGCAUCUGAACCCACUUACCCCCCCGCACUCUACUGAUCACAUCCACUGACUCGAAGAAUCGACUUAUGUACAUAUGCCGUGGCCAUUGGUAAGAAAUGGUUACCCUUUUUGAAAGUUUUGAUGUUCUGGCACAGCACUUGGAUGUGGCUGUGUAUGUAACCACGAGGUCUUGGGCUCUCAAAUAAAAACAUGGCUAUAUCACUUGGAAAAGUGAAUACACAGGUCUGUAUAGGCUACGCCAAACCACCUUGCCCAUCAAUGCCAACAUAGUCAGGAAUCAUGCCAGGACAACCAAUCCGACCAAUCAGCACCUACGAUAACCUCGGCGCGACUCAACAGCGGCAGUCGCACCUGGACUGUACUUCUACUAUGCUUAAACCAGAGCUGGAGUUGGUACUAAGGCCACCAGAAAGUGGAACCAGCAACAGCAUAGCCGCAGUGAAGGCGGCACUCAACGACGCCAAGUCAAAGUUCUUCGGGAUAAACAGUUCUGAAUCAGCAGGGGCUGUCAACCCGGAACCCAAGUACCAGAAUGUUCCGCAGCGUGACUUUCUACUAGAAAAGACUCCGGCUCUUGCCGCAGUGGUAAUAGUGUCUACACCUACUACUGUUCCUUUAAAGGACCUGCCGGACAAGACGCUGUUUAAUUCUACCGUGUACGAACAGAUUCCACUGAGUGACUUGGACCUUUCACAACCAUCCCAAGCCGUGUACAUGAGCACCACAGUGCCGCAGAACAUGAAAGCUAAGAAGAUCGCUGGACGUCAUACGCCCACCCGGAACAGCUUAAGGCACAGCCGCAUGAUUGUUGUGAAUCACAACCAUGACAGUCUUCAUGCCGCAUGUUCAAGACGCAUCUUAAAUCUGAACAUAUCACGUCAAAUGCUGAUCAUGCAAUUGGCUGUUGGCUUCCUGAUUUCGGGACUUUCCUUGUGGAUACUUCGGCUGGGACCUAUUCGUUCCGUACUAAUCAAUCCAUAUUUAAGUGGCCUAUCAUUACUCUUGUCUAGUGUUGUCGGUCUAAUUAUUUUGAGAAAGCACAGAACUGAACACAGACCAUCGGAAAACUGUUAUAAGGUGGAGUCUUGUUUAUUGUCUAUCCUGGCACUUAUAUUCUGCUGCCUGGCACUAGUCUGUGCCGCAAUCGAGUUUUCAGAGUUAAGCUCCACCGUAAACGGAACGUGUGGACCAGCCACAAGUUCAUUAAUGCGCCAACACCACUGCACCUGCUUUUCACCAGCUGCUGACGAUGCUGUUCUAGUGGAAAGAAGUCCGGGAAUUGCAGCUCAAUCAGGUGGGAUGCAACCGACAAGCGGUGCAACGGACGUUAGGGAGGAGGAUGGCGGAAAACGGUGCAGGGGUUUUAGGACCGAGUGGAAGUAUCUGUUGGCAUUCUCGAUGGUCCUUAAUUCUUUAGGAAUAAUAACAACCUUCUUAUGUAUAACACUAUUUAUUUGUAGCCAGCCCCGUAGAAAAAAAAUUUACACUUCCGUGUAA